AUGGGACUCAUCGAACGCAUCCAAGCCAAGAUCGAGCUCUUCCGCCUCGAGCAGCGCUACACCCGCCGCCGUCAUCGCCGCUCGACCUUUGUUUCCAACGCCAUCUACGUCGACGGCGAGUACAUCUACCAGUCGCCCAACACAACCGGCUCGUCGGCCAACACGAGCAGGACCGCCAGCACACAGAACUCGUCCCCGGCCUCCGCGGCACCGUCGCCCCCUCCCACAAUCACCGACAGGUACGACAACUCGGCGGCGGCGGCUGCAAGCAAGGAACAGAAGAGGUUGAACCGCUGGUCGUCCAUGCCCGGGUUCGGAUCCAACUCCAAGCCAGACGGCAUGGGCGGGUUACCGCCCGUCGGGGAGCACGACUGGAGAAAGAGGGUCAGCUUCGACGAGAGGCGGUACUGA